AUGCCUCCGCUUGAACCGCCAUCUGUAAUACCAGCGCAGCUCUCGUUCUUGACCAUAUACAACCCGUCACUUGGGACCACGGAUAAGACCCUUCAGGACCAGAUUGUGUUCUAUUACUCAACCCCAAGUCAAACAAAACCACCAGGAGAUGUGCCAGGAAGAGAUACGGCGAGGGCAAACUCCUCUGAGGAAGAGAAUAAAAGACUACGCCAUGUAGGGCUUGCGCAAGGCAUGGUGAGCUUCGCCAAGUGCGUAACGAGAGAUCAUGAGUAUCAAAGGCAGCCCAGGCUCGUUAACCAAAUAACAUGCAGAAACUUCUCAAGCGUAGAGCCCGUCGACUCAAUAGAGACUGAAAAUUCUCGAAUUGUUUUGAAGGAGUUGGAGCCCAGUUGGUGGAUUCUAGCGAGUAUCGACUUGACAAGAAUAAUACAUGUUCAAAAAGGGUCAACAAGUUCCACAGAGGAGACCUCAAAUGAUAUCCAGGUUGAAUACUCUUCGAGAGAACUAUCACCUCCAUAUAUCCUUAGCCAACAACUCUCAAAGGCGUAUUCCAUAUUCCUGCUACACCAUGGCAGUUCUUUGGAAAGUCUUUACAAAACCCUAUCAAGGAAGACUUUCUGCAUCUAUCUUGACCGAUAUUGGACACGGUUUGUGUGGAGUUGGGAUAUUUUGCUCAAUGGUAACCCAGCAAUAGAUCUCUUUUCUGCCACCAAGCUAGCUGGAGGCGGAGAGCUUGGAAUAGGAGUGGGUGAAGAGGAAUGGGGAAGUGGUGAACGAGAGGUUCUAGAAGGGUUCAUCUCAAGGACAGAAGGUCUGGUUGAUAUGGUAGUCUCAAGAUUUGGUGAUGCCGAGAAUCCCUCAAGAGAGCAGAUACCUUCCAAAAAGGAGCCAGUGAAGUCUAAUAAACAAGAGUGGACUGGCUGUAUGAUGUCGCCUGGUCCGCAAGACGGUGUCAUAUUUUCUGGAAUCGGGGCAUUGUCACGGGAGUCUUUAAUACACAUCUCUCAGUGGAUGGAAUGGGUGUAUAGAUAUGGUGAAGACGCUUAUGGGGUACGUGGCGACCCUAAAUCGACUCACCGCCGGAAGAGAAAGAAACAACGCAAAGAAAAGCAAAUCAAGAACACCCAACUGGAAGCAAAUACCAGCCCAGUUACAGUGAAACCACAUCAUGAGCCAUCGAUCCAGCCUACCGAGAUUUCUCCACGGAUCCCCCCUCCCUUAGUUGUCACUUCGACGAAACCCAAGGGCUCAGAAACUGGUCUUAAAUCUCCGAAAGCACCAAGUGACAAAGCUACAGACUCAUCUACCUUUGGGACAGAAAACAUUCUCAAUAUCAUUACCUUAGGAGUGGUUCUACAAUUCACUCCACGUCAGAAACAACGUCGUGACUGGGAAAUCCUAGUUGUUACCCAACUCAAUCCCCUCCCAGCACAUCCGCCUUUCCUCAGCUGCAGAAACAGUGAAGAGGAGCGGGGGGAUCCACCUUCCCAUCAGUAG